AAUGAUAUCAUUGCAACGAACACACGGCGGGAAUGAACACCAUAUUGCAUUGCACGAGGCGGCCAUUGACGAAAGUCCAUACUGCAGUUCCAUUUCCUUGUUUUUUAUUAACCAAUCUUGGACCCAUCUAUUCACAAUUAGCUUAAAAGCAAACUGCUACAAAGUACGAAGAAUGCUGCUCUGCUAAGGAUUCAAAACAUGGCGGUUGCGACACACUAUAUAUAUCAUGAAGAAAAUCUUAGCAAUAUUGCUACGAUAUCACUUGGAAGGUCAAUGAAACGUCUUCAAAUGAUCAAAGAAAGAUAUCACUUGGAAGGUCAAUGAAACGUCUUCAAAUGAUCAAAGAAAGAUAUCACUUGGAAGGUCAAUGAAACGUCUUCAAAUAAUCAAGAAAGAUAUCACUUGGAAGGUCAUUGAAACGUCUUCAAAUGAUCAGAGAAAGAUAUCACUUGGAAGGUCAUUGAAACGUCUUCAAAUGAUCAGAGAAAGAUAUCACUUGGAAGGUCAUUGAAACGUCUUCAAAUGAUCAGAGAAAGAUAUCACUUGGAAGGUCAUUGAAACGUCUUCAAAUGAUCAGAGAAAGAUAUCACUUGGAAGGUCAAUGAAAAGUCUUCAAAUGAUGAAAGAAAGGUAUGUCCAUAGCAACCGGAUUUGCCGCUUCAACCAGGCUAUGAACUGAUUUCCAACAUCUGGCUUUUGAAGGUACAAGAAGACUGCCACGGAUGUCCUUGAUGAGUAUAUUGAUAAAUACGAAGGUAGAUCACGAUCAAGGCACUACACUCCCCGAGUAUCCGAUCUAUUGUCCCCAAAACCAAAGUUUGAUUUGGCUGAUGCCGUCAACGACAAAGAAAUGAGUAAAACGAACAGCAAACUGUUAAACUGGAUAAAUGAAUCCUACAAGAACAGUGUGAGGAGUACGUGCAGUCCUCUCUAUACCAAGGAAGAUGAAGGAGGGUUCAGGUCUUCUUCACCCACUAAUCCAGGGCGGUUGAGAUCAGUAAGUUAUGAUCAAUUUGGAAGUUUUCGAGAAGUCUCCGUUGUUCGAUCAUCUCAGCAGAUGGCAGAUGAGCUAUCUUCUCUUCCAUCACCAAGGAUAUCAGAAGUUGACUUGGACAGUGAUAAAGGAACAGUUGAAACAGAUGUUCUUUUAAGUAGCUAUCAUGAAGAUCAAAAAGGACAAAAUCAUUCUUCUUGGAAAAAGAGUAAUCGUUCGAGAACUACCUACCCAAAGUGGGUGGACAAUGUAAAUGAAUUUGAAACAAACGAUGCCAGUCAAAGAAGGUUGUCAUCAGUAUCUGUCCUUCUCAAAACCAACCCACCCAAUAGUCUAUUGUCUCACUCAAAGAGCAUGGAUACGACUGGGCUGACAAUGGAUGAUGCUGAAAGUAUUGCAACUGAUGUCAUCCUUGACACAUCUAUUUAUGGAAAUCGUCCCGUCAACAUGGGUGGUAAUUUGCAUACCCCACUUUUUCAAGAUAAGAGAGUAGAGGCAAUAUUGAACAAAAGUAGGAAGAAAGUGAGGAAACAAAAAGAUGGAUACCUUGCUCGUUCUCUCCAUAGCUCCUCUAGGCUAAGCGAUGCCAUUAUGUCUCCCGAAAACAGAGAUGUUACCUAUACAAAUCAAAUCUUGAACAGAAACCGUGGUAAUUAUGAAAACACACCAAGCGCUUCUUAUUCAAGAAUUUCUCCAAGGCGGGAGGCUAUCAGUAGUUCUCAAGUUUUUCCCAAGAAAAAUUCGGCUGACGAUUCUGUUGCGAAAAAAUCCCAAUCUAGAUCGUUUGCAGAACCGGGUGGGCAAAUGUCUCUAGUAAACAGCUCUUCACUGAGCCAUUUGAAAAGCUAUGGUCAGCAACAAUUUAUGAAGAAUAAAUCAAAAAUAGAAUCAAACAGUUUUAAGGCAAGGGAUUUAGCUGUCCGAUUGGAAAGUAGUUCUUUUAGGCCAGACCAUGGUAACUUAACACUUGGAACAAAGCAAAGAGAAAAUGAUAAAGUGGAAGCAAAUUCACAGAGAACAUCAGGCUACCAUUCGGAUGUUAUAAGUCCAUUAAACAGCCAAACAACCUAUGACUUUUAUGCUUCAAGCAAAGGCUCGCCACAGCGUGCAAUUUCGCCUGUGAAAGAUGGUGUGCCAUUCGAUUUUACAAAUAGAUUGGCAAGGAAAGACAGCAAUUCUACUGACGUAUUGCUACGACGACCACCAACUGGAACUAAGGUGCACCAGCGUAGUAAAACAUGGAGCAGUCAGUCUUUUAGUAGCAAAGUUCCUAAUGCUGUAUCCACACCGAAACCUUCAACUAAUUAUCGAACACGUGAUGCAUCCACUCUGUACGUAUCCGAACGCCCCAGCUCCCUGGUAACUAAAACGAUUUCCAGUAUUGCGUCACCAAAGGCACCUCCGUCUAGCAGUCCACAUUCAACUUCCAUAUCAAGAGCGUAUCAAAUUCCGGCUGCGGGUUACUUAGGCUCACCAGGACAGGUCGAACUCCCAAGAAGAAACCGGCUCUCUGAUUCAGCAAUUACGACACGAUCAAGGAGUGGCUUUGAUUCGUACACUAACUGGAGAUCAUCAGCCCUAAGACCGGAGCGGUCGCCAAAAUUUGUCGUGAGAAAAGAAAUCAUUAACGAUAUUCAUUCUGUAGAACCUGAUGACGAAAAAGUGUUAGAGGAGAAGGAAGAUUCUAAAGUUGUUAACACUGACUUUGUAAAUUCAUAUACAGUAAAUGGCACAGAAGUCAGUGAAAUAAAUGGAGAGCUUGGGAGCCCCCAUAACAGAACAUGGCCAAGUCUUGAAAAGUUUAAAAAAAGAAUCUCACAAUAUUCUAGCCGAAAUAGUAGAAAUGAUUCUUCACCAACAAGUUGGACAGCUUCCAAACGUAGCAUUCCGCUUCGUGUCAAUAAUGCUUCACAUUCUCGUCCUGCUCCACAGAUAGACGUGCCAAUGGGACGCCAGUUUUCUAAAUUAGCAGUUAGCAAGAGUCGUCCAAGAGAGAAUGGCCCACGCAGUGAAUCAUUGAGUUAUGCCAAAUUUUCUCGUACCAUGCCAGUAGCAAGUAGAAACUCUGGAACAUACCUUGGAAAUGACGCGAAUUAUUAUUCUGAUGAUGAUAAUGAAACAAUUGACACUGAUUUGCUGCUUGCACAGCCCCCAAUGCCUAUAGUCGAUGCCAGUCCUUCGUUGUCUACUGUUUCAGAUGAAACAUCGACAAUAAAGGGUUCUGAUUCUGGAGAAUCUGGCCAAAGCUUUGUUGCGUUGCCUGUCAGGUCAUCCAGUAGAGUCAGCUUUGCUCCAGAUGCCAGCCUUAAUCGAAUAAAGAAAGUUUCGCCUCAUCGCAAAUUUGAAUCGACAACCGGUAGAUCAACUAGUGCCGAUUUGAUUAGCGACUAUAUUAACAAAUCAGUCAAAAAUGAAAAUGAAAGAGAACAUUUCAGCAGAAGUGUUAACACUGAUUCGAGAGCGAUGCGAUCGGAACUGUUGGAUUCGUUUAUUGAAGAUUGUAUGCGGAAUUCUAAUAAUGGAUCGUACAUACAAGAGCGCAACACAGUCAAAAGAACUGAAACUUACUCAGCACGUGAAGAGCCUAGAACUGUAGAAACUUUAAAGCAUUUGUUGUUGAACCUCAAUGAUAUCAGCGCAAGCGAAGAAAAGGCUCCCGUAACAGAGGUCGAUUCAGAUUACGAUGCUGCAUCCGGGAACACAACUGAUGAUGCAGCUGAUGUUGUUGGUGAGCAAUCUCUUGCCAGAGCUUAUCACCAUCUGGAAAGGCUCAAAAGUUUGAUUAACAGUAGAGUUGAGAACCGAAGCGAUGUUUAUGACUAACGUUCGCACUUGUCUCAGGAAAGAAAGGGACAGGGAUUCCCAAAGGGCAUUUUCAGUGUCUCUCCCAUCAACGCGUUUAAAAGGUGCGUAUUUACUCCUUAAAAGCGAUUCAUGAAACUGACUGCACGUUAUAAUGUGCAGAUCCUUUGAUAACGUGAAACAAAAUUGUCUGAUGUUCCAUUUAUAAUGAUUUAUGAAUUCGUGUUUCCAAAAAAACCAUUCUUGAAAAGAGAUUUUGUUCACCGAAUCACGAAGGUGAAUCAUCAAACUGCUAAAGUGAAUCACCAAGCACGUCUUGUUUUUUCGAAUCAUGUCUUAACCAACCCGAAUCCAGCUAAGCGGAGUUAAGAGUGACGGAGGGUGUGUGACUAUAACGACAUUUCUUUAUAACAGUCAAAGAAAGAAAAUGCCGAGAAACUGCAUGUUAAUUUUAGCAUAGUGAUUUGAAUUAUUUUAACUCUUUUUUGGAUUUUUUGAUUUGUGAAUGGUAGUUCUAGAAUGCCUUUUAUGUGAAAUGCACGAUAAUUGAUGUAGCUAUGAAAAGCACAUUUGUGCACAAUGAUUGUUAUUUAGCGUUGUUAUAUCUUUUUCUUCUUUCACGGCCUCUUUAAAUACUGUUAUCCCUGGUCUAGUUCAAUUUUGAUAAAGAUGUACCUGACAUAUAUAUGUACUUAAAAAAUAUAUAGAUACGCAUACAUGUAACUCGUAUAAUGACUCGGUGACAUAUAGCUUUACAUGAAACGAGCGAAUCCAAACCAGCAGUAUCGGUUCGUCUUGGGCAAUAUGUGACAUCCGUGUAAGUCCGGUAAGCCCAUUAUAUUCAUAAACAAAUUAGGAAUAUUUACUUCGAGUUGAGCGGUUUUCGUGUUAAGCAGUUUUCAAGUUAAGCGGUUUUCUAGCUAACCGGUUUUCUAAAUGAGUGGUUUUCUUGUUAACCUAUCUCAUGUUAACUAGUGUUAUGUUAUAUAUCUACACAAUGAGUUAUCCUAAACUGUAAACAUUGGUAUUUUGAUACGUAGCCCUUCAUAUAAGAACGCCACAGGAUACAUGUUAAUUUUGUCGUAACCGUUGUCAAUUUAUCCGUAAAAACACCUCCCCUUUUUGCUAAUCUUUCAGACACAUAUAGAAUCGUGGUCAUAGUACUUGGAAUUUUAUAGAUAUUUUACCAUAAUUGAGUAAAUUCAGAAGUAUUAGCAAUUCUGUCAGAGUCAAACUACUCCCAGAAAGCAAAUUUUUGCUUUUACCUCCAUAUGGGUGGAUCCAAAGCAAACGCCUAGUGGUAGAUCCAAAAUGAUGUUCUACAACCUUACAUGAACAUUCCGAAGUUUUUUCAAAUUUAUUUGAUAAAUCCCUUCGAAAAGUUUUCUUAGAACGACAUAUAUUUAGUACUCGUAGAUUGAACUGAGAAAGAGAAUCCAGUAGGCCAGCAUCUGCAUAAUACUCACAGCUCAGUGAAAGAAUAUCAUUUGAUGCCAUUGGUGCAUAUAGUGUUUUUAGGUAUUCAGUGUUGCCCGAAAGAAUGGUGCCAAAAGUAUGUAUAUAACUGUGUAACUUAAAUGUAUAUCAUAUAUUUUUAUGCUGCAUCUUAGAUUAUUUUUACAAGUUAUCAUUGAUUGGCUUACUAAUUUAAAUAAUUGUACAAUUAGAAACAUGUUUCGCAAUGAUUUUUAAUCAAAAUGAAAAAAUCCUA